AUGCAAACUCCGACAAUAACCCGACUAUCUCCGACAGGCUCCAAAAUUCGAAGAAUUUUCAGUGCAACUGCUGUGAGGAAUCACGAGGAAUUACUAAAAUCAAGCGAUGAAAUACGGCAAAAACUGGAGGAGAUCCGUCGAAGUAAAGCAUACGAAAUGAUGAAGUAUGAAACGAUAGCACGGAUGAAUGCGGGAAGUGUUAGCGCCUACUUGCGGCAGGAACGUUUCAAGCCGAGCCCAGUGAAGCCGAGCACCGAAAUUGAUGAACUUUUGCAGAAACACGACGAGGAAACGAAGGACCAGGCGGCUUGUAUUAUCCAGCAAUUUUUUCGGAAAUGUGUCCGUCGAAAGCAGAUUCAGGAAACUCUGUACAGCUGGCAAUGGAUUCCCAUUCAAAAGCGAUUACGGUAUAUUGAAGCGAUAGCUGAACGAAUGUCUGGCGGUAGUAUCCCACGCAAAACCGAUUUGACUGUGAUCAAAAACAAGGUAAGCUUCUUCCGCUGCAUUAUUGCCAGGAUCUCCUAA